CGCUGGUUGUGAUGUUUUUCUCUGUCGUGAUAAGAAGGGGAUGAUGAGGUAAGGGGAAUCACGAGUAUUUGUCUAAAUGGGGACUAGGCCUGCCGCCCAGGAACACGAAACCUCAGCCUCGAGAAGUUUCCACCUUCUUUCAUUUUCCUACGUUAACAAGGUCUGAUUUGGUCUUAAUGGAUGAGCUCGUGGUAAAAGAUAUUGAAAGCGGUCGAAAAGGCGACAGAACAGCUAAGACCAUCCUCGGAGCUGGGACCUCAAGCGUUGUUUACCUGGUUGAUAAAAACAAGGCAGAAAAGAGUUUUAAAUCCCCUAAAAAUCUUCUCAACGAGCAAACAAUUUAUCAAAUCCUUGGAAGUCAUCCGCGACUUCUGUCAAUACACCAUUUCGGAGCUGAAGGUAUAAUCAUGGAUUGGAUGGAGAAGGGAGAUCUGGCUCGCUAUAUCAAGUCUCACCCUGAAGUUGCUCAACGUCGCAAGCAUCAAUGGAUCGCUCAGAUCGCUGAGUCUUUCAGUCUACUCCACAAACACCAUAUAUCUCAUUGCGAUAGCAAGCUAGAAAAUUUUCUGCUAGAUGACGACUACAACAUCAAAAUCUGUGAUUUUGCGAGCUCUCAUAAUUACAGAUCUCCUUCACAUGAUCCGGCCAUCCAGCCACCAAGAUACCGACGCGCUGUUGAUGAUUUUGACGAAACGGUUUUUAACCCUGCCGAUGAUAUCUUCGCUUUCGGCUCAAUAUGCUAUGAGAUCGUCACUGGAGGACCUCUGUACCCGCAGUUGGACGAUGAGAGUGUGAGGCUUCGAUUCAUUAGAGGGAGUUUUACUGCGACUGAAGGGCUAUGCUUUGGGCCGAUUAUCAGGGACUGCUGGAAUGGUACAUAUAUUUCAUUUGAAGCAAUUUUAAGAUCCAUUGAGAGAGAAGGUCCCUCGAGGACAGAAUCAAACUUUGUAAAUUGA